GUAGAGAGCAGCACAACAUGGGCAUGGACGAGCCGCAGAUCAUAGCCAUCAGCAUCGCGCCCAAGCAGCAGGUGGGCCACCUGAAACCCGAGUCCACAUGGGUCCAUUGUCCCGCCUGCGCGCGCUCCGAGUGGAGUGUCGUCCAGCUGGAGGCCGUCACCUGUCUGCAGCGAUUCCUCGGCUUCUCCAAUCUCUGCAAGAAGUGGUCUGGCCGCAGGGACAUCAAUCACUACUGCGCCCAGUGCGGCUGCUUCAUCGGACGGUAUGUGGCCAUCGGCUGCACUGAGCGAUGCCUCUCCAAGUCGGCGAAACGCAAGGCGGCCGUGGACGACAUGACGCUGAAGACCCGCCCCAAGGACUGUGCCGAGCGGGCACAGAAGUCGCGCGAGAAGGUCCUGGCCAAGCGGGCUGAAAAGUCGCGGGACAAAGUGGCGGAGCAAGUGAAGCAGCAGGCCUACAAGGAUGCCGACCAAACACACGCCAUGCUACAGAGACGCGCACAGGCCCAAAUGCAAAACCAAACACAGACACAGACACAAACACAAACACAGACCGUUGUGCUCACCGUUGCGACGAGCCAAUGAGGGGGUCAAAUGGUGUCUGCAUCGACUAGCCGAAAGCUGCAAAAGCUGAGCGGAAAGCUCUCUCCAAAUAUAAUUAAUCAUACGAACAAUUUGAACACACA